AUGUCAAGCUAUGCCGAGCAGGUUCUUGUUUGCACGGGACGCGACGACUGGUCGUCCAGGAUCGAGGACGAGCGCGGAGGAGACAACUUGGCGGCGGAUCUGAAGGAGCUGUUUGGGCGAGGCGGGACAUAUAGUGAUCCCUACCACAACAUCUCCGUGCUGAACUCGUCCUUUCCCAGCUCCCCGCCGCCGAGAACGCAAGCCCAAUCCGCCUCGGCGUACCUCCUCCCCAGCUUCAAGUACAUUCCCUUCCUGCCCCGCGUGUCGUUUGACAGCGUGCAGGCCCUCGCGAAAGGGUACUUGCUCCCGGAGAAGCUGCACCCCGCGCACGACUGCCUGUCCCCCAUCCACCGCGACAGACUGACCCGGAAGACGGCGUACCAGCGCCUCCUGCUCGGCGUGCAAGACGUCGCGGACGUGCUGGUCCUCAUCUGCGGCCACGGCGGCCGGGACCCCCGGUGCGGCAUCUUUGGGCCGCUGCUGAGGGACGAGUUUGAGGACAAGCUCGCAAAGGCGCGCCUUCGAGUGGCCAGGGAUGCUGUGCGUGUCCAGCUCGGCCAGGCCGAGGAUACGACGGCGAGCGCGCACGCCCGCGCCAUUGGCGACGGCGCGGUGGCCCGAGUGGGACUCAUCAGUCACAUUGGGGGGCACAAGUUUGCGGGCAACGUCGUCAUCUACAUCCCGCCGGCGAGUCGGACCAGGGCCGGCGAGCAGCAUGCCCUCGCUGGAUGCGGCAUCUGGUACGGCAGGGUGGAACCAAAGCACGUGGAGGGCUUGGUGCGAGAAACGAUUCUGGGAGGGCGAGUGGUCGAGGACAUGUUUAGGGGGGGGAUUGACUCCAAGAGAAGGCUGCUGAGCAUCUGA